UGGGCUCAGCUAAAUCAGAGUUGCCCAUGGAUAAAACAACAAAAUAUUUUGACUCCAGUUCAAUAAAAAAAUCGUCUCCAAGGCAUAAUUCCACCUUUAAUUCAACAGUUGAAGAAGCUAUUUUGGUUUCAACUAACGCAGCCCCUUUACGACAAAUAGCGGCGCAGAGCGAGAUGACGGCUGCAUCGCCUAUUGUGCCACCACCUUAUACGCCGAACUUUCAAGAUGUUAGAAGUGAAAACAUAGUUUUAAUUCCAACACCCAGCUCAUUGGAACAAUAUCGACUACAACUAUAUAAUUAUGCGCUAAGCAUAGACCGUUUACGUUGGCCACAAUAUACUGCAGCUGCUGCUAUUCCCGCAACGACUUAUGAUAGAGGUUCUGGCACCGGUGUACAUUUAUUAGUUAAUGGCGAGAGUAAUCAUGCCUUUGGAUCGGCACCUGCCACUACAGCACAUGGCAAUCGUUUAGCGCUAUCUAUGUCACUAUUCCCACAACGCAUUUUCCACACGGAGGAGCCUAAACCGCAAUAUAGUUAUAUUGGUCUCAUUGCCAUGGCAAUCCUCAGUUCAGCCGAGGCAAAACUAGUUCUCUCUGACAUAUAUCAGUAUAUUUUAGAUAACUAUCCUUAUUUUCGUGCGCGAGGGCCAGGCUGGCGGAACUCUAUACGACACAAUCUAUCUUUGAAUGACUGUUUCAUUAAGUCGGGACGCAGUGCCAAUGGCAAAGGACAUUACUGGGCUAUACAUCCUGCUAAUAUUGAUGAUUUUCGUAAGGGUGAUUUUAGACGACGCAAAGCACAACGCAAAGUUCGCAAACAUAUGGGCUUAUCCUUAGAUGAUGCUGGCACUGAUUCACCCAGCCCACCGCCACUUGACCUAACCUCAACACCUUUAACUUCUGCUCCUGCCAGUGCAAUUGCUAGUUUAUAUUCGCAAACGCGCAAACGGCAAUUCGAUGUAGCAUCGCUUUUGGCUCCUGAUCGUACAGAUUUUGCGCGUAAGAUAUCAACUACGGGUCGGCAUACACCACCUUCAUUCGAAGAAAGCACAGCGUUGCAGCCCAUGUUUAUAAAAAAAAACAGUCACGAAAAUGUAAAAGAGUGUCAUCAGCAGCAGCAAGAUGCUCCAACACACGUACAAGCCCUUCGCAGUUCGUAUUCUUGUUCAAACAGGCAAGCAUUUCCUACGAAUUCUGUUUCUCAUCCACAAAGAUUAUUGACGCUUGACGAACAGGAUCAAGAUGAAAUCGACGUUGAAGCAAAUGAUAUUGAAGAGCAGAGUAAGAAGCCAUAUUCGAAGCUGGCCGAUAAGGAUGAUGAGGAUCCUUAUGAUGCGGUAGAGGAAGAAGAACGAAGAGUUGUGAGCGAUACUAAAAGCGAUAGCAGCUCUGGUACUACACAAGUAUAUGUUGAUGGAGAAAAUGAAUGCAUAAUUGACGCCACAGUGCAUAAAAUACCUAUUUCCAGACAGCAGCCAUCGUCGCUGCCAGGCGCUGUUAUAGAGUGGCAUAUGCUGCGACCACAGCUAACAUCUGAAGAGAAGAAUUCACAACAAUUUUCAGCUUCAUCCAAUAAAUCAACAAUCAGCCAAAAAGAUUAUAAGGAAUGCUACGCUACAAAAAUAAUUUCAUCAACCACAGUAACGCCUAUAGCAGCACCUAAAGUAGUUACCUCAUCGACAUCGGUUGAUUGCAACUGGGAUCCCAAUAGUAGCAUAAAUCAAACUGAACUGUACUCACAUGCACAAAAUUCAAUAUUGCCAAAUACUGUUAUUCAUCGGAAUCAGCAUGUAAGGCGGUUAAUGCAUCAUUUACACCAGCAACACACACAUCAUGAUGCACUUGAAGAAUUAGCCGACGAAACAGCCCAAGCGUUUGGACAUUAUUAUGGUACUUAUAUGGCGGCAGCGGCGCGACGUAUAGGUACCAUGCAAUUGACGCAGAUACAACAUCAAUUUCCUGUUAAACAUCCACAAUUACAGCAACAAGAAGCUUCACAUCAAGACCCAAAAAUUUGGCAUUAG